AUGAGAAUCUUCCACAAUUCAGUAGUUCAAACCAAUCCAGCUCCAAACCCUGGUUUGGAAGACGAAACAAUUACCUUCCGCAACGGAGAGCCCGGGCAAGCCAUCGUGGGACGAGAUUUUUCAAGACUCUUCGCAGACAUCGUGUGUGAACAAGCACGACAGUAUAUGAACAGCUACCCUGGCAAUCAUGCAUCGCGAUGCAAUACACCAUACCAUACCUGGUUUGGGGAGUUAGCACGAGGAGAAAUUCAAUUCGAAGAUGGCCUUGGAGAGGACUCUGACGUUUUGUCCCAUCGACUCUCGAUGAUUAAGUUGGCAACGGAGAUGAAAAAUUAUCUAGGCCUGUCGAUUAAAGAUGCACAUCUAUUUGAUGUACUUUCAUGGGAGAGAAGAAUUGUAGCAGAAAUGUACUGUAACAAACUUAUGAGGGAAAAAGCACCAUGGGCACGUUACACGGGCAUCGUAUCACUGAUUCGUCACCCGAAUAUUUUCGAUUCACCGGUCGGUCUCUUCUACACUAAACCCUCGGAAUAUCUGGCGAUCGCUUUCUACGGCACGGGUCGCUCAAUGGUACAGAUAGCUAGUGAUAUUGAGAAGCUGGCUUCAUGGAGAGCUGGAGAAUAUGGAUCCACUGCUUCAGGACAGGCGCUCCCUGAAAACUUUGCGAGCAUAGUAGCCGAACAAGCCAGACAAUAUUUGGAAAGCUUCCCUGGCAAUGAUGCAUCAGGAUGUAAUCCGCAGCAUAGUUGGUUUCGGCGCCUGGCUGAAGGGCAGACUGCAGAUAGAGAGCACCUCCAAGCCUUAUUUGAUGAGCUACGGUACAGAAAUAUGCUGACUAGAGUAGCCACGAGGUGUAAAAACUACCUUGGGCUAUAUAUAGAAGAUGCCCAUCUCUUCGACACCUGGGCAUGGUUACAAGAACAAGAGCCGAAUGAGCAAUGGGAUCGCUACUCGAAAAUCCACGAUGCGAUUUUUGAUGCAUCAGUUUUCGGCCACCCAGCACCAAAUCAAGGCUUCUUUUUUGCAAAGCCUACAGAGUAUUUAGCAAUUGCCUUGUAG